CCCUUUCCGGAAGACAUUUCCAUGGUUUAUAAAUUAUUUGGGGCGACCUACUAAUUACGUUUUCCUUCUCGUCGGUGUUUUCACUCGAUUUCUCGCCAAGAUCCAGUCUGGUGCCCUAUGCAUUCAUCAUGGUCUUUCAUGGACCACUUUCACUCGUCCCAAACAAGGGACAGUCCAUCUUUGCCCUCUGUUACUCAUCUGACGAAUGCAUUUGCGAGCCAAGCGGGCUCAACUGGGAUCACCUGGGCACGGGGCUUUCUUUGGAAGCUCCGUCUGUUGGCAACGGCUGCCUCUGCGUCGGCUAUCACGAAUCGAAUCAUUGGUGCGGAUAUCUGCUGCAUUUCCAUUUCUUUCGAGGAAUAUGUGUGAUGAAGGUUUUUCAAUGCAAUUGGCGGUGGUUUUAUCUUUCUCAAGUGUUUCACUAUCUUUCGGGUGGCUAUCUGUGCUGCGUUCAUGCUCUUAUGUCUGGUUUUUGCCAACUGUCCAGGGACUGCUUGUCUUUGGAAGGUGUCAUGCCAUCGUUUGCGAAAAAGGAGGUCAUUAUGGUCUGUCGUGUCGAUUUCAUCUUGCAGUUCUGGUUGUCUUUUCUAUCAUACUUGGGAGGCUGUCUGAUCAACUUUAUGACUUGCAAUCACAAUGUUUUUCUUCCAUGCGUGUUGUGCUUUUUGACCCUUUUUGUUGCAUUGUGCAUAUUGUUUGUUCUGAUGCGAUGGUAUCAUGUUUUCUUUUCUUCUAGUCCUCGAGUAUCAACGCCUAUACCAUCACCAGCUAAUAGGUCCCCUUAUCUUAUCUAGCCGUCUUGGAAUCUUACCGCGCACUUGGAUGUCUAAGGUCUCGGAUAGAUCCGUCUUGGGCCCGUGUAUCCUCCCUCUUCCCCUAGUAAUUUUACACAUGACCCGAAACGACUACUAUUUUCUCCUUCUAACCCUUUCCAGCUCCCUUCAUGUAACAUCGCCGGACCAGUCUCGUGCUUCAAUACGUAUCAUAUAUUACAAUACUGUGGCUUGUAUGACAGAAAUAUUCGCAUUUAGUAUCUCACCGAAACAAUAGGUAAGACAUAUUCAAUUUCGA